ACAUGACCAUCCUCGUCCCAAAGCUUUGUACUGGUAAUUUACCUCGUCUGCAAAGCAUUAGGCUAGCAUUUCGGUCGCUUAAAGUAGUUGUGUGAUUGUAAGAUUACGUAGUUUGAUGGUGAAGAUUUCACACGAACUAACCAUAUGAUCUCAGACAAACAAAGAGAUAGACAGAUCAACAUAGAGCCCGGACCUGACUCUGUCUUGGCUUCGGCUAUUUUUGCAGUCCCAUUACCUGACCUGAGACACCAGCAGCUAAACUACACAGACAUCGCUGGCUGUGACAAUGAAGACGGACGUUCCUUACGAGAAGGUGUGUGAUGUGGAGUCCAGAAGAGAAGAUACUACCUUGAAAGCACUGAUGUAUUACAGGUGUGUGCUGGCCCUGACUGGCCUGGCCAGUGUGUUGUUGGCUGUCCUGUUCCUCCAGACUCUGCUAGCUCCAGGGGUCUCCUCCUCCUCCAGCUCCCCCAGGACCAGGCUCCCUCUCCCCCUCAGAGACAGCUGCUCCGACCCCUGCACGAUCUCAUUGGUGGAGAGCAUCCCAGAGGGGUUGGAGUUCAACUCCAGCUUCUCCCACCUCUCCAUCUACCAAGCGUGGCUCAAUCUGAUUGGCGGUGCUCGCAGCAGUGUCGACAUCGCCUCCUUCUAUUGGACGCUCACCAACAAAGACACCGGAACCCAGGAGCCGACAGCCAAUCAGGGAGAGACCAUCCUGAAGAGGCUAGCGGAAGUGUCCGGAAAGCUGUCUGUCCGCAUUGCUGUGAACACCCCGCAGGCCAGACAACCUCAGGAUGACAUCAGACUCCUUAACAGCUCUGGUGCGGACAUCAGAACUGUUAACAUGAGACAGCUGACCUCAGGGGUUCUGCACACCAAGUUCUGGGUGGUGGACAAGAAGCACGUCUACAUUGGCAGUGCCAACAUGGACUGGCGGUCUCUGACCCAGGUGAAGGAGCUGGGGGUGGUGGUGUACAACUGCAGCUGCCUGGCCGACGACCUGGCCAAGAUCUUUGAGGCCUACUGGUACCUGGGCCAGAGCGACAAGCCCGUCCCCGCCCCCUGGCCCAGCUCCUUCUCCACCUCCUACAACAAGGACACACCCCUGCAGCUGCCACUCAACGGCACUGACUCCAGGGUGUAUCUGUCGAGCUCCCCCCCGUCGUUCUGUGCCCAGGGGCGGACAGGGGAUCUCCAGGCCAUCCUCAGUGUGGUGGAGGACGCUGAGCAGUUUGUCUACAUCGCCGUCAUGAACUACCUGCCCACCAUGGAGUUCUCCCGCCCCAAACGGUACUGGGCAGACAUUGACACCCAGCUGCGGCGCGUAGCGUUCGAGAAGCGGGUCAGGGUGCGUCUGCUGAUUAGCUGUUGGGCGAGCACCCAGCCCGUCAUGAUCCCCUUCCUGCGUUCCCUGGCCUCCGUCCAGGAGGCCAAGAGCAAGCUGGACAUCCAGGUGAGGUUGUUUGUGGUCCCGGCCAACCCCCGCCAGAAGGAGAUCCCCUACGCCCGAGUCAACCACAACAAGUACAUGGUCACAGACAAGGUGGCCUACAUAGGGACGUCCAACUGGUCAGGUGACUACUUUGUGAACACCGCUGGCUCUGCCCUGGUGGUCAACCAGACCGCCUCCCAGUCCCCGCAGCCCAGCGUCCAAUCACAGCUGCACGCCGUGUUCGAGAGAGACUGGGACUCUGCCUACAGCAAAGCCCUGCGCCAACACUCGGACCUGAAAAACCUGUGUUAAAUGCUGCCGACACGUUACGCCUGUUUGUCUGGUGGCUCCAGAGCAGCGGAUCGUAGUAUUUACUAUCCUCUGCACUAAGAGUUAGUUUGACCUCAGGGAGCUGUUUCUGGACCACAGAAGGGACACACACACCACUCUCUCUCUUUCUCUUUCUCUCUCCCUCUCUCUCUCUCUCUCUCUCUCUCUCUCUCUCUCUC